AAAACAUGGCUGCCAGUGAAGUUGUUUUUGUUGUGUUGGCUUUGUUUGUGAGUGUUCCUGUCAAAAGUGUCGUAGAUGAAGAACUCAACAGGUUUCUCGGAGACAAAGAGGGAUAUCUCCGUGCCUUGGAGCAGGAUGUUUUGGUUGGAUAUCAGCGUCAUUGCGGAACACAGUGUAGCUUUCACAGGAACAUCUAUGCCUGCUCCUCCCCUGAGCUGGAGGAAGAAUCAGUGUGUUCACAGGAGUACGGGGCCUCCAUUUUCACAGGUACUGGAUGUGCCACUUGUACAAACAGGAAGUUGAGUGUAUCUGGAUCUUACAUUCGGACCCCCAGCAGAGAAGCCACCUGCACAGAUGAAGUCAACAGGGACAUCUGUCUGUCACAAGGACUAGACGCUUCAUUCUUGGAUAACUGGUUUAAGGAUGAAAGGGAACCAGGAGUUAAAUGGCAGUUUUUUGCCUCUCAGACUGGCAUGUACCGAAUGUUUCCGGGUGUAGCCCAGGAGCGUUGCCAUGACUAUGACCCCCGUUUGAGGGCGUGGUAUGUGUCGGCGACUACGGGACCCAAAGACGUGGUGAUUGUGAUUGACAGUAGUGACUCCAUGGCCCUCCGCCCCUGGUCCAGCCCCUUAACACUCAUGGAGUUAACUAAGGAGGCUGUAAACUCUGUUCUGUGGACGCUCACACACUUAGAUUAUGUUGCAGUUGUUUCGUUUGCAACACUUGCGCAUCAACUGACCAUCCAGAACAAGAACACUUUGGUCCAGGCCACCCAUGACAACAUCCAGGCUCUAACGCAAGAAGUGAAGAAAGUAGAACCAAAUGGACACACCAACUUUGAAGCAGCUUUCAGGACAGCCUUUGACAUCCUGCGGAGGUCAGAGGUCAUUUCCAGGACAGCAGGGUGUAACAAGAUGGUGUUAUUCAUGACGGAUGGAGAACCAACCAGAGGAGAGAGGGAGCCUGAACAACUCACUCAGAUUAUAAGAUCCUUAAACCAAAGGGAGGAUGGCUCGAAAGUGGCUUCAAUAUUUACAUAUUCAGUGGGAGGACUGGCAGACACUACCAUCACCAAGAUGAUAGCAUGCAAUGAAGGUGGGGUGUGGUCUGAAGUAGAAACUGCUGGUAAAGCGUCCCUAGCGGAGCAGCUCAGUCAGUACUAUGACUAUUACAGCACACUGAGAGAGGGGCAGGGCCACGUCAUAUGGACAGAACCAUACAUGGAUGCCUUUGGUGCAGGUGAAGUAGUUACAGCUGCAAAAGCUGUGUAUAACACAAGCACAGUGCCACAAACAUUUCUGGGUGUGGUAGGGAUAGAUGUGGCAACCUCUGCGGCACAAAAGUAUACUACAAGUAAACAGGACUUGUUGGAUACACUGCGGAGUCGGUCCAGUUCCUGUCCAGACCUGAGAGAGAGCAGCCUGUGUGAACUGGAGCAGCUCAGACAGAAGGUUUAUCAACAAGGGACUGUCAGGUAUGAGAACAACUCAGCCAAAUGGUGUGAUCUUUCUUCAGCUCAGGAGUGCACAUUCCCUGUCACUGAACCAUGUGAAAACCAGUCCCAACUGUACAGGACCUGUAUGAACCAUACUGCAGUAAAAGUGGACUAUGAGACCACCUCAUGCUGUGGCAGAUAUGACCAACUUAUAAGUGAUUUGACGGAGGAGUUUGAUAACCAUUUGUGUGAUCCUCCUAGCUUACACAACAUGAAACUGGCACUUUCAAAGCAAACAACAAAUACUUACACAGCAAAGGCCUGA